CUGGCCGGAGAAGACGCCGCUCGCCGCGCCGCCGCCACCUUCCACCUCCGCCGCCCUUCCCAACCCACACCUCCCAUUUCAUUCAUUCAUCCAUUCAUCCAUUGCCUCCUCCUCUUCCCCCGCACUCUGCUCAUACGGUGAGUGCCAUGUCGCCAACCCUACCCCCCCAAACCCUAGCCGCUGGGGACCUCGUCUGGGCCAAGUCCAAGCGCCGCCCCUGGUGGCCCGCCCGCCUCCUCCCCGACGGCCUCGUCUCCUACCUCGCCGACCCCGACGUCUCCCCUCGCCGCGCCUCCGACCUCAGGCCCUUCGCCAACCCCGACGCCGACCUCAUGGCCCGCGCCACCACCGCCCGCGCAUUCGUCGCCGCCGUCCACGACGCGCAGGCGCAGGCCGCCGCGCUCCUCCAGGCCCGCCUCACCUGCCCCUGCGCCUCCCACGACCACCACCACGCGCCGCCCCUUCACGCCAACCUCGACAACCUCCCGCCGCCCGACUUCCUCGCCUCCCUCCGCCACGCCGCGCUCGACGCCUCCUCCGUCGGCCUGCUCGACCUCCCAAGGCUCAAGAGCUGGGCCACUGCCCUCGCCCAGGGAUGGGGCCCCGAUGGCCCGGGCCAUUACCCACGCCGCCCUGUGGCUGACCUUGUCGACAAGAUUGACCUUGAUGUGCCCGCCGCCUGGGAUGCCCAGGACCAGGACACCAGGCCAUUCGAGGUGCCGCAGGAGACUCCCACCCAAAAGAAGCGCAGCGUCACCGAGCUCAUGGACAAUGAUGAUGACAAGACUACGCCUCAGAAUGAGAGGAGCAGCUCUGCUAACACCGCCGUCUUGUCCAGCAAGCGUGAGCGCAAGAAGAGCAAAUAUCUGUCACCGCCCUACACCAAUUUGGGUGGGAUUACCCUUGUUGAGAAGGCGCCUGAUUCGCCAAAGCCGUCUCUGACUGCUGCCGCUGAAGAUGAAAGCAAGGUGUUGCCAAAGUCAAUGCAGGAAAAUGUUGAUGCACAAGAGGUAUUGCUGCUUCUGCGCAGAGCUGGGAUUGAUGUAUUCCACAGGGUACGGUCUAUGAAGGCCGUCGAUGCCUUCCUUUCUUCGUAUAGAAGUUCACUGUUUGUUGAGGGUGCCGACUAUAAGUCCUAUAAAGCGCACAAGUGUCCUGCGGAGAAUGCUUUUGCAAAUGCUGGUGCGGACACAGCUGGUUCAUUCGCAGAUUCACGUGCUGCUCUGAAGAUAGGCAAGUGUGUGAAGAGGAGCAGAAAACAUAAUCAAGAUGAGAGUGGAAGUCCUUCGAACAAGACUGAGAAGAGAGGGAAAAGUUCUCCUGCAGCUGCCCUUGGCUGUGGUGUAACAAUUACCCCUGCUAUUCCUAUCAGGCAAGUGAGGGCAGAAGACAUGAAAAGCCUGGUGAAACCAGGGAGUGGUGCAAGGGGUAUGGCAGGUUGUGUUCAGCUUGAUAAGGGCAAGCCAGAUUUUAAGAGCCCUACAUCAACCUCAGUGAAGGUAGCAAAAGAACACGGACAGGAGCAGGAUCAAGCAAAUGGGCAAUCAGUUUUGAAGACGCCAGCCGAUGCUUGCAAGAAUUUAUUUCACCAACCUGCAAAACAGAAUGAUGCAGGUAUGGUGGAAGCAAAACAGUUGCAUAGCAGCAUUCAAGCAGAUACAGUCAUGCAAGGCAUUGUUGUAGAUGUGCCUGUCAGAAACGUUCUGAUGGAAGCAGUGAAGUGUGAAGCUAAUAUUUCUGUACAUACAGACGAGCAGGGUGCUCCUAUGAGGGAAGACAUAUCCUUAUCUCAGUCAACAGAUGGAAAUAAAGAACAUGCAAACACCGAAGUGCGUACGGUCCAAGAAUCUUAUGCUUCCCUAGAAGCGAUGGUGCCAGAAAUGCUUAUGAAAGCAGAGGUCGCUAAUGGCACUGCUGUUGCAGCAGCAAGCAAUGCCCUCAAAGAUGAGGGCCAAAGCAUUGAACAACCUAGCCUGAACAAGAUGAUUCCUGGAGCUAGUGUAAACCAUUCCUCUGGUGACGCUACCAACAGCGCUUUCCCUGACCUAGCUAAUUCUACUCCUAAGAAAAAAAAGAAGAAAACUGCAGAGCACUUUGGAAACCCUGCAGCCCUUCUUUUGGACUUUGCAAAGGGUGUUGUUCUGCCCUCCAAAGAGGAACUGCUAUCUGCAUUUGGUAAGUUUGGCCUGGUGAUCGAGUCUGAGACUGAGAUCAUAAAAGACAACCAUAGCGCUCGUGUUGUGUUCGGGAAAAGUGCUGAAGCUGAGGCGGCUUACAACAGUGCAGAAACUCUUGGUAUGUUUGGUCCCCCGUUUGCUACACCGAGACUUCAUUAUCUUCCUCCAAUCAAGUUGAGCGUGCCUUCGCCAGCAUCAAAGCCUCCACUUACGGAUAUUAGGAAAAAUCUGGAGAGGAUGAUCUCGUCCCUGGGUGGCCAUUCAUCGGUCAAGAAGGCGGCAACUCCAUCGGAUGGAUCAAAGCAAGAAAACCUUCUUGGAGAAAUGCAGGGGCUUUUGGCAAAAGUUGACAAGAUGCUCAGCGGGCCUUCUGCUGCUGCUCCUCAUUAGCUCCCUGACGUGUGGUUUUAUCCUAUUCUCUCCGUAGUUAGAUGCCUUAUUGCAAUGCCUAUGCUGUCUGUCGCUGUCGUCAAUUAUAGCUGCCGAUCUUCAGCUUAUGAUAAAUUAGGUGUUUUGACGAUUUCGGCAGCAAGGGAUUCAAACUCUUGUGAAUGGUAGUCGUUAUUAUGUCACUGCUUUGUGUGUGAUAUAUUAAGACUGCAACCUUCUUCUAGUUCCAGCCCUCGCAGUAGCAUGGGAACCAGAACCAUGGUGUUGUUUUUACCCCAAUGGCGAGUAUCAUGCGGCUAUAAUAAGGGAAAAUAAUUUACAUAGCUGUUGGGGUUGACAUCACAUCACAUGGCACUGGUCCACUGGAAACAGUUAGUAAUUUACUAUGCAAAAAAAAAAAAAACUGACAUUGGCAUGCUUGUUGCAUACAUUGAUCUGGGAAGAGUGGAUGUGAUACAGUUACAGUGUUCUCCAGUCAAAUGUAGUAACAACACAAUAACCAAGCAGCUCAGUAGUUGUGA